UUUUCGGUUAUUUGGAUGGAAAAAGAUUUUCAGUUGCCUGCAAUGGUGAAUCAAGGCAUUACUAUUGUAUUUUCACCGCUUAUUGCCCUAAUUCAAGAUCAAAUGACUGCAUGUAGAUCGAAAGGCAUCAGUUGUGGAUCAUUAAAUUCCAAAUGUACAUCUGUUGAAAGAAAUAAUAUUAUUGAAGAUAUAAAUUCGAUUUCUCCAGUUGUUCGCAUACUUUAUUUAACGCCAGAGGCAGCGGCAACUUCAAACAUACAACAGAUGAUCACAAGUUUAUAUAAGCGGAAUCUUCUUAAUUAUUUUGUCGUUGAUGAAGCCCAUUGUAUUUCACACUGGGGUCACGAUUUUCGACCAGAUUAUCUAAAACUGGGAAAUUUACGAGAAAUUGCGCCGAACGUAUUUUGGAUAGCUUUAACUGCUACGGCUAAUAUCAACGUUCAAAAUGAUAUUAUGGGUCAACUUAAGCUGAAAAAUGUUAAAGUCUUUAAAGCUUCGACAUUUAGACCUAACCUUUAUUACGACGUAAUUUUUAAGGAUAUAAUUGCUUCAGACUCAGAGGUUAUAAUUUAUUUAUCCAAAAGUGAUAAAGAUUCAGAAUCUGUUUUUUUUACUCGAUAUGAUGGAGUUAUAACAAAAAACCAUAGCGAUUCUAAAACCCAACAGCAGAACUUUUGUGGCAGUGGAAUAGUUUACUGUCGCACUAGAGAUGAGUGUGAAAAAAUGGCUGUACGUUUGGGUGAAGAAGGUAUUACUGCCUAUGCUUACCAUGCAGGACUAAGCAGCAAGGAGGUUUCGGUUGUUCCAUGA